UUUUGAAUAGUGUAAAAGUCUAGUGUAACUUUGACAUAAAGUUUUCCAUCAAAACACGUUUUAACAUCACAAUGAAACCAUACAAAGCUCAAGCCAUAUUAGAAGCUAGGUGUAAGUUAGAAGAAAAGUUUGCGAGCGUCUAUGAACAUUUCAGUCCAAAUUACAAAAAAUCUACCAUUACUGCUAAGUUUUAUUCAAAGUACGAAGGAUUUACUGCGUAUGAAGCUAGACCAGAUAUCUUACGUGAUUUAAUCAGAGCAAAUGAUUAUCCUCCUAAUAAGAAAUUAAUAUGGCCUGAGACAGUCAAUCAAUGGUAUGGAUGGUUCACUGAACCACUAACUAAUGCUGAUCAAAGUGAUACAAGAAACUAUAAUCCAAGAAUUUACACUGAAAUCACUAAACAUGGCAUGAAACUACUUGAAAAUAGAUCGAAAACAAAGAAGAAGUAAUAAUAAUUGUUGUGAAUAAUAAUUAGAUAUUGCUAAUACAUAUUUGUUCGUUAUUACUAAGGGCCACAUUUUCUUCUUGAUGUACAGCUGGUUCCUAAAAAAACUGAUACGACUCUUAGUAAGAUUUGAUCAUUUUGAGCAGUGUAUGAUUGGUCUGACAUUAUAUUGUAUUUAUUAUGACAGACAAAUAAUAAAAUAAACAAACAAACAUCCAUUUUUUGAGGUUGAAGUUAUCUGACAAAUUUUAAAAUUUGGCAGUGACAGUGACAGUAUGUAAAUAAUAAGCAUUUAUCCUUCAAAAUAUAAUAAAUUAAAUAUAAUUAAACUCAUAUUCAUUAUAUCACACCUCAUCAAAAGCUUUUUACAAGAACAUAGUCAGGGAUUUUGAUAUGGCUUAGAGCCAGACUACAUCAAGAUCGCCAAUAAAUCGUGCUGGUAAUUGCCUUGCAGCGAGACCAAAAACAAAAAGAAGAAGAAGAAAGUACACUGCUCAAUUUUCUACAAAAUACGCUUUAAGAGUCGUAUCAGUUUUUUUGGAACCAGCUGUACCUAU